CUGAGAGGAAGCUAAUCCAGCCAUCCCACGGGAUACGAUUAUGGUGUUCGGGCGACUCGGUGACGCGUUAGCUCGCAGAUUGGCCUGAAUACCGAAGAGGCGCGUAAGUAGAGGGGAAGAACAGUCAGUCAGUCGCACAGGCCAGCCUCGUUCCUGAUGGCAAUCGGCACAGCGGUCGUUACUUGCCGAGGAGGUGGUAGCGAGGAGCAUCAGGUGGGGGAGCAGAACACCUGGACGACUUCCUGCCAGGGAGUAAGCACCUCAGUCCUCAGGAAAGAACGUCCGACAUCGGUACCUCGUGCGAAUCUCGGAGCCAUCGAGAGUAGUCCACGAGCUCUGCCAGUGGAUGCACUACCUCGUCGUCGUCGUCGUCGUCGUCAUCGUCGUCGUCGUCGUUGCCGCCACCUUAACCCCGUUCGAAGAUUCUCUCACCUGGCACGUGCGAGCGAAUCCGCGUUCAGUGUGUUCAGCCCGGUAAGGAAAGCAGAGUCUCGUCGUUCGUAUCCGGAAAUGAUGUUUCUCCCGAGGUGCAUUCGGUGAUUUCGCGAGACCAACAGUGCGCUCACCGCGGACGGAUUAAUUGCUGGCCCGAGUCGGUGUGGUAGCGGAACGGUUCCUCCUCGGUCUGCCGCUACCAGGGUACCAGGUGCUGAGUGGACGUUCAAGGUCGGAGUUCACGCGGAAGGUCGCGCCCGCUAAGAAAAUGGAACGCAGGAUCGCGACGCUUUGCUUCCUCCUCGUCGCAUUGGCCUUCGAAGGAUCUAAUAGCGCCGGAUGCGGUUAUCCGGGUGCACCGGCGCACAGCAGCGUGCGCUUUACCGGCACGGACGUCGAAGACGUGUUGGACGAGGAGGACGCUCUCCUUAAGGACAUCAUGUUACCGGAGGGCACCGUGGCUACGUACUCCUGUGAACGAGGAUUCGAGCUCCUGGGACCCGCGAGAAGACAAUGCCAAUCCGACGGCAUGUGGGCGCCGGAAGGCGUGCCCUUCUGCGUUCUCAACGUGGCCGGCGGCAAGGCGCCGAUGCAGUUGAGCAACUUGGACAACGGACUUCCGCAGCGCGCGGUCGACGGAAGUAGCAGUCAGAUUUACGCGCCGCAGACGUGCACCCUGACGAAGCCCGAUCCCAAACCGUGGUGGUACGUGAACCUGCUGGAGCCGUACAUGGUGCAGCUGGUGCGUCUGGACUUCGGCAAGCCGUGCUGCGGUGUUGGCAUCCCCGGCACCAUUGUCGUUCGAGUCGGCAACAAUCGGCCGGACUUAGGAACGAAUCCCGUCUGCAACCGCUUCACCGGGUCAUUGGAAGAAGGACAGCCGCUUUUCUUACCUUGCAAUCCACCGAUGCCCGGAGCCUUCGUCUCCGUGCACCUGGAGGCCAUGUCGCCCUCCGAAAUCCCGGUGCAGCUCUCCCUGUGCGAGGCAUUCGUCUAUACCGAUCAGGCACUGCCGAUCGAGAGGUGUCCUCAAUUCCGGGACCAACCGCCGGGGUCGACGGCGACCUACAACGGAAAGUGCUACAUAUUCUACAAUCGCCAGCUGAUGUUCAGAGAGGCGUUGUCCUUCUGCCACAAUCGCGGCGGUACUCUCGUGGACGAGAGCAACCCCGCCCUGCAGGGUUUCAUCUCGUGGGAGUUGUGGAGACGACACAGGAGCGACACGUCCAGCCAGUAUUGGAUGGGCGCGGUUAGAGACCAGAAGGAUCGGACGUUGUGGAGGUGGACCGAAAGCGGCGAAGUCGUGUCCGUCUCGUUCUGGGACCUGCAGCAGGGCCUGGUGGAGGACUGCGCCCGAUAUGACGGCGGCAGAGGCUGGCUUUGGUCCGAUGUACCUUGCACAGCCCGGCACAGCUUCAUUUGCCAACAUCAGCCUCGAGCUUGCGGCAGACCUGAGCAGCCGCCGAACUCCACGAUGACUGUGAUCAACACAGUCCAGGCAUCCAGGCGCUCCGCUGGCGCGUACGAAGUCGGUGCGACGGUGGAGUACAGCUGCAACGCGGGCAGCCUUCUUAUCGGGCCGCUGAACCGUACCUGUCUCGACACUGGUUUCUACAACGACUUCCCACCGGUGUGCAGAAACAUCGAGUGCGGCUAUCCAGCGAGCAUAAAACACGGUGGCUACACACUUAUCAACAACACCGUCAGUUUCCUCAGUCAAGUGCUCUAUUCCUGCGACGAGGGAUACGAGAUGACCGGACGCGCCCGAUUAAUUUGCGACUCCGACGAACGCUGGAACGGACCACCACCGCGAUGCGAGCCGAUACUUUGCGAUCCACCGGCUAUGGUCGCGCACAGCCAAAAUGACGUGCAGACGAUCGACGAGGACGGGAGGAGGAUCUCGAUAGGGAACAGUACCAAUCAAGGUGUGCUGGCCGGUAACAUCGUCGUUUACACGUGUGACGAGGGUUACCGGCUCGUCGGUUUCCGGCAGUUGCUCUGCUUGACUACUGGACUGUACGAUCACGUCGCACCCACGUGCGUAGAAGAGCCACGGACAACCGUGACUGUUCCCUCUCGGGCGACGUUACGUCCGUUGAGCCCGAAGGUCCGGCCGUACUUGACACCGCGAAUCAGGACGACGACGAGCGCAUCCACGGUCAUCACUACCAGCACGACCUUGCCACCCAGGAACAUACCGAACACGGCGGAAUUACCGGCCACAGUGAGGGAGACCGUAUCGAAGAGGCCGAGCGUCGGGCUGAACAAACCCGCACCAUCUCCGUCAACGGUGCUCAACGACGCCGGCAGUGAUCACCCGCAGGACAACGAGAUAUCCGGAAGCGGAGUCGACCAUGCUCAAGCGGGCGUCGGAGCGGCCGUGCCGGAACCGUCUGGCCCGUUCAGGGUGGACAGCGCGGAGCAGCCAAGCGGCACUCACCAGGCCAAGCUGAAUCUCGGCGCCGUGAUCGCUCUGGGGGUGUUCGGCGGCUUCGUGUUUCUCGCCGCGGUGAUCACAACGGUCGUAAUUCUUAUACGCAGAAACCGUGGAAGAAGUAGUAAGCAUUAUCGUCACCGUGCGUCGCCCGACUGCAACACCGUGGCCAGCUUCGACAGCAGCUCCUCGGAGAGUCGGGGAGGUCUGAAUCGCUAUUACCGUCAAGCCUGGGAGAACCUGCACGAGACCGCCGGCCACAAGGCCGGCCAUCCGCCGCUCCGACGCAAGGAGACCCUGGAUGAACCAGGAUACCGAGAGAACUUCCGCGGCAACAACACCGAGCGCGACGGCUCGGAGUUGGUGGUAAGCGACGUCGCCGCUUACCCGUCCAGCAAGCACGCCAGCAUCUCUGACAAGAAGCGCCAUCAUCACCAUCACCAUCAUCAUCACGGUAGCGCGACGCCUGACUGGAGACAGUCGCAGUCCCACCAUAGAUAUUAAACGGCGAGGAAAACGGGCGAGGAACUCUGUGUCGUUAAAGUUAGACUCGCUACGUCACACUGUCUACGAUCGCGUGGAGCGACUUAUGGGUUGUAGGAAGACGUAGCGAGUCCUUAGUGAACGUUCAGCAACGUCAAGCCGCGGCUUGAAGGGUUGAACGAGGGUGCAGGCGAAUCUUUCAAUACAAUUUGUACCUAGGUAAGUCUCACGCGAAUCCACAACGGAGAACAGCCGAGAUAGAUCCUACACACAUGUAUCGCUCUGUUACGUCGUAAAUUAUUUAUAUUAUGUCUAUUAUGAGAUGUAAAUAUAUCACGAUUGUAGCUUGUAAGAGUAGCCUAUACGGUACAUCGUAGCCUGUAAGCGCAAAAAUGGCGAAUCGCGUCAAGUGCGAGGAAGGUAGUAGAAGCUGCUCAUCGUAGAGGACAUGCCAAAAACAGCAAAGAAGUAAUAUGUAAUAAUGAUCAAACAGAUACGUUAAUGUAACGUUCUAACGGUAAGUUACUGUGUAAGAUCCGGGGUCUCGCAUUGUACGUUUGAAGACACUCGUCCACGGAUAUCGCAAUGAUAUCGGCAAAAUUCACGUCCGUUAUGGGUACCUUGGCCUCGCUUUAAAAGUAUUGCUAUGCUUCCAGACAAACGGGACGCUGCAUGUAGGUAUCGUUAAGGAAAGGCCGAUGUUACCCAUUCAGGGGUAAAGAGAGACGUUGCGUUCAGUGCGGCGCGCGCAUCUGACGCAAAUGUACG